UGAUAUAGAAUGAGAUUUCGUGGCAUUAAAAACCAGAAACGAAUUUCUCCCUCGAGAAUCAUUCGGAGCACAUUCAGGAUUGCAUUGGGCGCAAUGGCGGAGAGGGAUGGUACGGAUGCUGUAUUUUCCCUAGGCCUAGCUCGCCUUGUCUCUCUUAUAGCGGCCAAAGCAGAGGCUGCCAUUUCCCGCACUCUUGAAGUGGGCUCAGACAUAAUUGGCGGCGACAGGAACACGUGUUGUUACAAGCCUACUGUCCCUACGUAGAUCCUCGAGAUAUUCCGGACGAUUUGCCGCGUCAAUGUUUGUCUUCCCUGAAAAGAUGUUUAUAAUUUUUACAGGUGUUUGUCCAGUAUGGCGAGCAAGCAUGUGAAGACGUCCAUCCAUCAUGACGAAAUCACAAAAUCACCUCAGGAUAGGCGACAGUAUCGUGGUCUUGAACUGAACAAUGGUCUCAAGGUGAUGGUUAUCAGCGAUCCAGACACGGACAAGUCUGCAGCUGCUAUGGACAUCAAUAUAGGUUCUAUGUCAGAUCCCUGGGAACUUCCUGGUCUGGCACAUUUCUGUGAACAUAUGCUUUUCUUGGGAACCAAAAAGUAUGAACAAGAAAAUGAAUAUAACAAGUUCUUGAAUGAGAACGGUGGCAGCUCUAACGCAUAUACCUCAGGGGAGCACACAAACUUCUACUUUGAUGUGGCACCCGAUAACUUAGCAGGGGCCAUGGACAGGUUUGCACAGUUUUUCCUCGGUCCCUUAUUUACAGCAUCUGCAACAGAACGGGAAAUUAAUGCUGUAAACUCUGAGAAUGACAAAAAUCUUCAGAGUGAUCCCUGGCGUCUUCAUCAGCUUGACAGAUCUUUAGCCAAGCCAGACCACGACUACGUCAAGUUUGGCACUGGCAACAAAGACAGUCUGGAUACGCUACCGAAGAGCCGAGGACAGGAUGUCCGGGAAGAACUCCUAAAAUUCCAUUCCAAGUUUUAUUCUUCUAACAUAAUGGCACUUUGCAUUCUUGGCAAAGAAUCGUUGGAUGAAUUGUCAGACCUGGUGGCCCCUCUGCUAGCUGAUGUGAUCAACAAGAACACCAGUGUCCCAGAGUGGUCAGAACAUCCUUACGGACCAGAGCAGUGCAAGUUGAUCUGUUAUGCUUUGCCAGUGAAGGAUGUGAGGAAUCUUUCCAUGUCUUGGUCAAUCCCCGACCUCCAUCCGUACUACACAUCAAACCCUGGGCAUUAUCUAGGACACCUGGUCGGUCACGAAGGCCCAGGCAGUCUACUGUCUGAACUCAAAGCCAAAGGCUGGGUAAACACUCUAUGUGGUGGUCAGUCGAAUGGAGCGAAGGGAUUCAUGUUCUUCAAGGUGGAUGUUGAUUUGACUGAAGAAGGCAUAGAGCAUGUAGAUGACAUCGUCACUCUGACGUACCAGUACAUUAAUUUGCUGAGAAAGGCCGGAGCUCAGGAGUGGAUAUUUAAAGAAUGCCAGGACCUCAGUGCUAUGACUUUCAGAUUCAAAGACAAAGAGAAGCCAAGAAAUUAUGCGUCUGGUCUCUCUGGAAGUUUGCAUGACUAUCCAAUGACAGAAGCACUGAGUGGUCCAUACCUACUGACAGAGUUCCGUCCAGACCUCAUUAACAUGAUCCUGGAGAAAAUCACACCCGACAACAUGAGGAUUGGUGUUAUUGGGAAAAAGUUCCAAGACAGAGUCAAUGAGAAGGAGAAAUGGUACGGUACAGAGUACAUGGUGGAGGCCAUACCUGAAGUAAAGCUGCAGCAAUGGACAUCAUGCGGAGUGAAUGAUAAGCUCAAGCUCCCAGCAAGAAAUGAGUUUGUACCUACGAUCUUUGACCUGGCGCCCAGAGAAGUGGACCCGAGUCCUCUCCCAGAAAUGGCAAAGGACAGUGCUCUCACUCGGCUGUGGUUUAAACAAGAUGACACCUUCCUUCUCCCAAAAGCCUGCAUCAACUUUGAAAUCAGCAGCCCAUUGGCCUACUCCGAUCCCACCAAGUGUAACAUGACCAACUUGUUUGUAACGCUAUUUAAAGAUGCUUUAAAUGAGUAUGCGUAUGAUGCUGAGCUAGCUGGCUUACACUACGACCUCAACUGUACCAUCUACGGCAUGUCUCUGGCUGUCGGAGGCUACAAUGAAAAACAGGAUGUGCUCCUUCGCAAAAUUAUGGAAAAGCUGACAACCUUUAAAGUGGACCCAAAACGAUUUGCUAUAUUCAAGGAAAUGUAUGCCAGGUCAAUGCGGAACUUUCAGGCUGAGCAGCCUCACAGACACGCAAUCUACUACACCAACAUCCUCAUGUCUGAGGUCAAGUGGACCAAUGAGGAGCUGAUGCAUGCUCUGGAAGACAUCACCGAUGAGAAGGUACAGGCCUUUAUACCAGAGCUGCUGUCCAAACUUUACCUGGAGGGGCUUAUAUACGGAAACUUUACCAAACAGAAAGCACUAGAGGUGACUGAGAUGAUUGAAGACAUUCUAAAGAAACAGAGUGGAACUAGGUCACUGUUACCAAGCCAGAAAAAACACUUCAGAGAGCUACAACUGCCAGACGGGUGUUACUACAUGUGUGAGGAGACUAAUCAGGUACACAAGAGUUCCAGUAUAGAGAUCUACUAUCAGUGUGGUGUGUUUGUUGUUACAGGGUGUUACUACAUGUGUGAGAAGACUAAUCAGGUACACAAGAGUUCCAGUAUAGAGAUCUACUAUCAGUGUGGUGUGUUUGUUGUUACAGGGUGUUACUACAUGUGUGAGGAGACUAAUCAGGUACACAAGAGUUCCAGUAUAGAGAUCUACUAUCAGUGUGGUGUGUUUGUUGUUACAGGGUGUUACUACAUGUGUGAGGAGACUAAUCAGGUACACAAGAGUUCCAGUAUAGAGAUCUACUACCAGUGUGGUGUGUUUGUUGUUACAGGGUGUUACUACAUGUGUGAGGAGACUAAUCAGGUACACAAGAGUUCCAGUAUAGAGAUCUACUAUCAGUGUGGUGUGUUUGUUGUUACAGGGUGUUACUACAUGUGUGAGGAGACUAAUCAGGUACACAAGAGUUCCAGUAUAGAGAUCUACUACCAGUGUGGUGUGUUUGUUGUUACAGGGUGUUACUACAUGUGUGAGGAGACUAAUCAGGUACACAAGAGUUCCAGUAUAGAGAUCUACUACCAGUGUGGUGUGUUUGUUGUUACAGGGUGUUACUACAUGUGUGAGGAGACUAAUCAGGUACACAAGAGUUCCAGUAUAGAGAUCUACUACCAGUGUGGUGUGUUUGUUGUUACAGGGUGUUACUACAUGUGUGAGGAGACUAAUCAGGUACACAAGAGUUCCAGUAUAGAGAUCUACUACCAGUGUGGUGUGUUUGUUGUUACAGGGUGUUACUACAUGUGUGAGGAGACUAAUCAGGUACACAAGAGUUCCAGUAUAGAGAUCUACUACCAGUGUGGUGUACAGCAGACGGACGCUAACAUGCUGCUAGAACUCUUCAUUCAGAUCAUCGGAGAACCAUGCUUCGACAUUCUACGUACCAAGGAACAACUAGGAUAUAUUGUGUUCAGUGGUAUCAGGAGAACCAGUGGUGUUCAGGGGAUGAGAAUCAUUGUACAGUCUGACCGUACUCCCCAGUACGUGGAAAACAGGGUGGAGGCUUUCCUUCAGAGCAUGGAGGCUUACAUUAAAGACAUGACAGACGAAAGUUUCCAGAAGCAUGUGACUGCACUGGCUGCCAAACGCCUGGAGAAGCCAAAAAAGAUCAGUGGCCAGCAGUCUAGAUACUGGGGAGAAAUCGUGUCUCAACAGUUCAACUUUGACAGGGAUGAUGUAGAAGUUGUCUUCCUUAGAGGAUUGAAGAAGAAUGAUGUCUACAACUUUUACAAGGAUCAUAUCUGCCUUGGAGCACCCAGGAGACACAAGCUGUCUGUGCAUGUGAUGUCGACAGCUGAGGGAACUGGCACUCCCGACAGUCAGAACUCGGAUAACUCUCCCAACAGUCUCACCUCAACACCAGAACUACCACAGCCAAUCAUUGUGAGGAAUAUAUCAGACUUCAAACGGGACAUGGCCUUGUUUCCUCUACCCAAGCCAUAUAUAGACCUUCAGAAAGCAAUGUCAAAGCUCUAGGCGGUGAUGAUACGUGUAGAAAUGUUGUGAUGACAGGGAAUCAAAGGGACACAAUAGCAUACAAUUUUGUGUGAGAAAUGUUAAAGAUUUUAUGUGAGAAAUAUUGAUCUUUUUGUGUGAGAAAUAGUGAAUAUUUGUUUGAGAAAUAUUGAACAUUUUCUUAGGUAAAUCUUUGUGAGAUCUCGGUGAGGAAAAUUGAACAUCUUUUGUCAGGAAUGUUGAACAGCUCAAGUGAUGAAUGACAAACACCUUGUGUUAGAAAUAAUGAACAUCUCAUGUGAGAUUGUGUUAGAAAUAAUGAACAUCUCAUGUGAGCAAUAUUGAACAUCUCGUAUUAGGAAUACAAUGUAUUGAUAUCUUAGAUGGGGAAUGGUUAACAUCUGGUGUGGGGAUUGUUCAACACCUAAUGUGAGGAAUGUUGAACAUCUUUGUUGUGGAAUAUUAAACAUCUCAUAUGGGGAAUGUUGAACAUCUUUGUUGAGGAAUGUUGAACAUCUCAUAUGAGGAAUUUUGAACAUAUUUGUUGAGGAAUGUUGAACAUUUCAUAUGAGUAAUGUUGAACAUCUCAUAUGAGGAAUGUUGAACAUCUUUGUCGUUGAAUGUUGAACCUCUUGUAUCAUGAAUGUGGGUUUCAUCAUCAUCCUGGCUGCAAUAGAUGAUCUCAAAUUUGUUUUAAUUGUAAUUUUCAUUUUAUCAACUUUUAAGAAUGUCCAUUCUUAUAUAUAUGGAUUUUAUUUUAGGUCAUCUGAGACAAAGUCUUGUGUGACUUGUUACUAUUGCCUAUUGUCUAUCAUCGUUUGCUGCCAUUCAAAAAAAUACUUCACUUUUUCAACUUCUCUAAAUCCACUGAGCUGAUUUCAUUGAAGUUAUGUAGGAAGUUUCCAUGCCUAGGGACUGGAGGGGAAGGUCCGUAGGUACAGGCAGUCAAAUUGGCUAAAAUUUCAACAUUUUUCUUCUUCAUACCAAGAAAUCCAAGAAUCCAAUUCUGCCCCUGAAUAGAACAUUCCUAAAGUGCUUAAUCAAAAUGGGAAUCUAAUUACCUCUAAGCCACCUGUUCCCUCCUGGGGAGAGGAUUGAGUUUACUAUCAUAGGGAAAAAUACUUUUUAGUAUAUAAUAUAUUUUAUUUAUUUGUGGUAGGAAAUAAUUUAAGCUUAAAGUUGUAAUAAUUGUAAUUUUAAUGACAGUUUGAUGGUACAAAAUUUAAAAUACUGACCUUUUCUGUUUGCCGGGGAAAUAUUGCCCUUUUUACUAAUUUCUUUACUUCCCAAAUGUAAUAUUGAUGUUAAAUAAUUACAAUGAACUCUUGCUUGAUCUGUAAUUAUUGUUGAAAUGAACAUACCUCUAAGAUGAAACACUUGUUAGUCAGCAGACAGAUUGCUUCCCUGAUAAUUUCUCUAAUUGCUAUGGUCUGAAGAUUGGGGUAUUAUUAUUGUAAAGCAGAUUUUUCUCGAUUUAUUUUAUAAUUUUAACUUAUCUGAUUUUUUCAACAGAAUUAAAUAUUUAUCAUUCAUGA